UGUUAUGCAGAACCGAUCCGGCCCCGAGCCUAAAUAAUUUUUUCCGAUAGUCUCAUCUCAUAGGUGAGUCACGCGGCUCUCAAUACGGACUCGAAAUUAAAUAUCAAAUCCCGUUAGUUGAGGCAGAGGCACAUAUAAAUAGUAAUCCUUCCCUCUCCGAGAAGAAAUCAAAUUAAAUAAGAGCAAUAAAAGAGCUGAAAUUGCUUGACGGAGAAUAGCGGUUGCAGGGCUCGUGGUCGGGAUCCGGCGAGGUUCGUCGGAGCUCCGAGCGCAAUGUCGAUGUUGAGGUUGACGGAGAUGAAGGGUUCCUGCACGCUAUUGGCGUCGGUGCUGACCGCGUCCGCGGCGGCUGUCACAUCCUCCGCUUCCGCCUCCGCUUCCCCUGCAGAUCCCGCCUGUGCUUCUUAUCCCUGUUCGAAGCAGGUGCAGUCUUCUCAAUCAAAGGUGAAUGUUAACUCAACCUCGUCAUCGUUGGAGAAAAAGUUUGCCCCGAGAUUCGACGGCAUAAGGUUCAUCGAGACACUAGUCACCGCCCACAGAUAAGAACGCCCCAUCACGCCACUCUUGACCUCGGGAACUUAUACCUCUUAUUAUUAGGAAGAUUUAUCUUCCUAUUAUACCUCUUGAUUCGAUUGGAUUUAAUAGGAACAUUGUUAGGUUGCGGUUGCCAUGUGAUCAGAAGACGGCUGUUUGAGUUUUUUUCCAAGAAGAACGGUUUCUGUCAGCUGAGUCAUGUUCUUGUUUCCAAUUUGUGUUAACUGAUAAUGCUGAGGUGGGGUUGUCCACAGUUUUGGCGAUGGUUUUCUUCGUAAUUUUUGGGAAUUAAGUCGAUGUGGUCGUCGACAUUGCUUGUUUAUGGACAAGUGUUAUAUGGUCGUGUCAUUAACAUUCUUCCUUGUGGAUUGCGUGGAGGACUUUGGAAUUGUCUUAUUUCUGUCA